GCGGAGAGGGCGGGGCGCGGGGUCUGGAGCGCGCGCAGGUGGCGGCGUUGCGGGUCGCAGAGCCUGGCGAUGGGGAAACUGAGGCACGAAGCUGAACAGUGACUCAGAGCCAGGGGGUCCCCCAGUUGUUCCAGCCAAGAGAUCCACUGUCCCUUCCUGCUGUGAGACCUUGACAGAUACUGGGCAGGACCAGCAAGGGGUCUGCACAGAGGCCACCAAGAUGGCGUAUUUUGGGGAACAUUUUUGGGGUGAGAAAAACCACGGCUUCGAGGUCCUUUACCAUUGUGUGAAACAGGGGCCAGUGGCCACCAAGGAGCUGGCGGACUUCAUCAGAGAGAGGGCCAGCGUCGAGGAGACUUACUCCAAGGCUAUGGCCAAGCUGUCCAAGCUGGCCAGCAAUGGGACCUCCAUGGGGACCUUCGCCCCACUGUGGGAGAUAUUCCGAGUUUCCUCCGACAAGCUGGCGCUGUGCCACCUGGAACUGACACGGAAGCUGCAGGACCUGAUCAAAGACGUGCUUCGCUAUGGGGAGGAACAGAUGAAGACACACAAGAAGUGCAAGGAAGAAGUUCUAGGCACGCUGGAUGCAGUGCAGGUGUUGGCAGGAGUCAGUCAGCUCCUGCCAAAGUCCCGGGAGAACUACCUGAGUCGCUGCAUGGAGCUGGAGCGUCUGCGCAGAGAGAACACCAGCCAGAAGGAGAUGGACAAGGCAGAAACAAAAAGCAGGAAAGCAGCUGAGAGUCUGAGGCGCUCAGUGGAUAAGUACAACGCAGCCCGCGUGGACUUUGAGACCAAGAUGCUGGACUCUGCCUUGCGCUUUCAGGCCAUGGAGGAAGCACAUCUGCAGCACAUGAAGGCACUGCUGGGCUCCUAUGCGCACUCGGUGGAGGACACACAUGUGCAGAUAGGGCAGGUGCACGAAGAAUUUAAGCAGAACUUAGAAAACGUGAGGGUGGAGAUGCUGCUCCGGAAGUUCGCUGAGAACAAGGGCACCGGCCGGGAGAAGCCGGGACCUCUGGACUUUGAGGCUUACAGUGCAGCAGCCCUGCAGGAAGCAAUGAGGCGACUUCGAGCAGCCAAGGCCUUCCGUCUCCCGGGACUCAGCCGGCGGGAGCCAAGAGCAGUCACGGAUGUCCCAGAAUCUGAAUCAGGGGUGCCUCCAGAGGUGGAUGAGGAAGGCUUCACUGUCCGCCCCAAUGUGAGCCAGAGCAAUACCACUGAGCCCUCACGCUUCUCAUCCAGUGACUCUGAUUUUGACGACGAUGAGCCCAGAAAGUUCUACGUGCACAUCAAGCCCGCCCCAGCCUGUGCUCUGGCCUGCAGCUCAGAGGCUGCUGCGGCCCAGCUUAGGGCCACCGCCAGUACUCUUAUCCUCCCUCCAGGAGCAGGGGGCACCAUGAAACGUCACUCAUCACGGGAUGCUGUUGGCAAGCCACAGAGGCCUCGGUCAGCCCCACGGACCAGCAGCUGUGCGGAGAAGCCUCCGGCCUCGGAUGAGCCGCUGACCAAGAGCCUCUUCGGGCCUCCGCUGGAGUCCGCCUUUGACCACGAGGACUUCACAGGCUCCAGCAGUCUGGGUUUCACCUCUAGCCCGUCCCCUUUCUCGUCCUCGUCCCCUGAAAACGUGGAAGACUCGGGCCUGGACUCUCCAUCGCACGCAGCCCCCGGACCAUCCCCCGAGUCCUGGGUCCCCCGGCCCGGCACCCCGCAGAGCCCGCCCAGCAGCAGGGCGCAGCACCCCGAGGCCAGGGGCCGGCGAGACUCUCCACUGCGCCUCGCACCCUCACCCGGCCCCUGGGGGACUGAGGAGGAGCCUGCUGCCCGCACCCGGGAGGGCCUGGCCGCGCCCCCGCGGAGACCCCGCUGCAGGAAGGCGUCCUGUCCACUUGCCAGGAGCAACGGGGACCUGUCCAGGUCCCUGAGCCCCUCCCCGCUGGAAUCGUCCACCCCUUGCGUCGCCCCUGAGCGGCCCAGCUUCCCCACCCAGACAGGACUCGGCAUCUCUCGAGGCCCCAGCCCGGUGGUCCUGGGCUCCCAAGAUGCCCUGCCGGUGGCUGCAGCCUUCACCGAGUAUGUACAUGCCUACUUCCGUGGUCACAGCUCCAGCUGCCUGGCUCGAGUCACCGGGGAGCUGACCAUGACAUUCCCUGCGGGCAUCGUGCAUGUGUUUAGCGGGACCCCACCCCCACCAGUCCUCAGCUUCCGGCUCGUACAUACAGCCCCCAUAGAGCACUUCCAGCCCAAUGCAGACUUGAUCUUCAGUGAUCCCUCACAGAGCGACCCAGAAACCAAAGACUUCUGGCUGAACAUGGCAGCUCUGACGGAGGCCCUGCAGAGCCAGGCUGAGCAGAAUCCCACCGCCUCCUACUACAACGUGGUGCUCCUGCGGUAUCAGUUCUCCCGCCCGGGGCCCGGGUCACUGCCCCUGCAGCUGAGUGCACGCUGGCAGUGCGGACCCACGCUCACGCAGGUCUCGGUGGAGUACAGCUACCGAGCUGGCGCCACCACCGUAUCCACGCCGCUCACCAAUGUCCAGAUGUUGCUGCCUGUGGGGGAGCCGGUGACCAGCGUCCGCCUGCAGCCUGCAGCCACUUGGAACAUGGACGAGAAGAGGUUCAUGUGGAAGCUUCCAGAUGUUUGUGAGGCAGGGGGAUCUGGCCACCUGUCUGCUAGCUGGGAGCCGCUGUCGGGGCCCAGCACCCCCAGCCCGGUGGCUGCACAGUUCACCAGUGAGGGGGCCACGCUGUCAGGUGUUGACCUGGAGCUGCUGGGGGGCGGCUACCGCAUGUCCCUGGUCAAGCGAAGAUUUGCCACAGGGAUGUACCUGGUAAGCUGCUGAGAUGUAGUCAACGCUGCGUGGGGCCUGGUGCUCUAGGACCAUCCUGCCCUCCCUCCUGCCCAAUGCAGAGGUCCCCAGCUCCCCUAGGUCUGGACCCGAUGAAGAGGAGUUCCCAUCCCAGCCUGGCUGAGCCAAGACCCUUCCUCCCAACUCCUACCCCUCUCCCACAGGUCCUGGCCUUUUGAUGUUCUUAAGUAAACAUUUUUCUAACAAAAUAGAAAGGAAAA